GACACUUAUUUUGAAAUCUGACAACCGGAUGUCGCGUUGCGGCGCUCCUUUCGACGCUUCACGUAGCGCGCGCGCGCGGACGGACGGACGGACGGCUACCAUCGAGGAAGGAAACGCGGCACGGCUCGGCUCGCCUGAAGAAGUCGGUGUAACGGCUGUUUUUGCCCGACCGUUAGCUAGCGCCGCUCUCGAUACAACCGACGUAUACGCACGCGCCCAGGGAGCCGCGGUGAGGUGGAGCACUGCUAUGGCGACGUUGGGACCGGAGUCGGCUCGCGCUCCUCAUUCCCAGCUCGGUUCUUCCCCGUCGACCCAGUCGCACAUCGGCGGCGCCAACCCGCCUCCCAACCGGGGCUUGGAGCGGGCGCUGGAGGAGGCGGCGGCCAGCGGCGCCCUCAACCUCAGCACCCGAAAACUGAAGGAGUUUCCCCGGACGGCCGCCAACCACGACCUGUCGGAUACGGUGGAAGCAGACCUCUCAAAGAACAGACUGGCCGACGUCCCCUCGGAGAUCUGCCACCUGGUCGCCUUGGAGACCUUGAACCUGUAUCACAACUGCAUCCGGACCAUCCCGGACAGCAUCAUCACCCUGCAGUCCCUCACCUCCUUGAAUCUCAGCCGUAACCAGCUGGGCGCCCUGCCGGCCUGUCUGUGUGGUUUACCUCUGCGGGUUCUCAACGCCAGCAACAACAAGCUGGUCAGCCUGCCGGAGACCAUCGGACAGCUGCAUUGCCUCAUGGAGCUGGAUAUCAGCUGCAAUGAGAUCACGGCUCUUCCUCGCCACAUCGGCAGACUCAAAGCGCUACGGGAACUGAACGUUCGCCGAAACCUCCUCUGCGUCCUGCCAGAAGACUUGGCCGGCCUUCCCCUGGUGAAGUUUGACUUCUCCUGUAACAAGGUGUCGACCAUCCCGGUGUGUUACAGGAAGAUGAAACACCUCCAGUCCCUUCAGCUAGAAAACAACCCCCUUCAGAGUCCUCCUGCACAGAUCUGUAUUAAAGGAAAAGUUCACAUAUUCAAGUAUCUGAGCAUCGAGGCGUGUCGCAGUGAGAAGAUGCCCGACUCCCUCUACCUGCCUGUCAUAGAGCGACUCAGCCUAUCGCGGCCCACCACCGGCAGUGUGGAGGACAUGGAGCAGCAGAAGAAGCAGGACAGCGACUCAGGAGUCGGCAGCGACAACGGAGACAAGAGACUGUCCGCUACCGAGCCGUCAGACGAAGACAGUCUGAGUCUCAACAUACCGAUGAGCCACAUCACGGAGGAGGAGGGAAUCAGUAAAGACGACUCCAGUGAACACAUCAGCUCCCUGACAGCAGACCCAAACUCCGACUCAGUCCGUCUGAUCGAGGAGAGCCCUACGGAAGCCCUGAAGGACCAGUUCAGCUACCGAGACUCCGCUCUCAGCACUCGCUUCGUCAACUACAUCAAGGGUCGGACAGCAGCAGACUUCGACGAGCCCCUCAGGAUAGAAGAAGACGCACACUGGACAUCACAACAACUGUCAAAGGUGAAAGGCGGCACAGAGUUCCAGAUUGACAUGAUCAACCAGCUGAAGGAGGCUGUGGAGCUGCUGCAGGAUCCCAGCAGAGUGAAUGCGGAGCAGGACGACCUGUCUGGAGUUCAGCUCUAUCCGGUGGAGAUGGUCACAGUGGAGGACUCCCUCAAUGGGCAGGACAGCGAUGACGGCAUCCCCACACCAAAGCACAUGGAGGAAGGUGGCUAUGAGUUCCAGAAGAAGAGACAGAUGAUUCUAGAGAAGUCCAGGUUUCAGGCCCAGCUUGCAUGUCGGGAGUAUGAGUGGCAUAUGUCAAUCAAGCGACAUGACAGAUUUCCAGGCUGCGGGCCUCCAUCCUUCUCCAGCCCGGUGUUUGGACUGAAGCCCCGUUCAGCUCCGCCCUCGCUGCCCUGCUCGCCCCCUCCUUCCUGUCUCGCCCCCUUCCUCCUCUCACAGGCCUCGCCCUGCCAUAGAGACACGCCUCGUAGCCAUGACGACGGAGGCAUGCACAGCCGCGUGUUCCUGCGGAGCCACAAGAGUCUGGAGUCUGUUGAUCCCCAGUUCACCAUGAGGAGAAAGAUGGAGCAGCUGCGAGAGGAGCUGGAGCUCACGGAGCAGCUGCGAGACAGCAUCGAGAGCAGACUGAAGGUCGUCCUCCCCGAGGACCUCGGGUCGUCUCUGAUGGACGGCGUCGUCCUCUGCCACCUGGCCAAUCACAUCCGCCCGCGCUCCGUCGGCAGCAUCCACGUUCCAUCCCCUGCGGUGCCCAAACUCAGCAUGGCCAAGUGUCGGAGAAACGUAGAGAACUUCCUGGACGCCUGCAGAAAGAUCGGCCUGUCGGAGUCUUCCCUCUGUUCGCCCUAUGACAUCAUCCAGUGCCGCCUGCAGCCAGUUUGCAACACAGUUCAGACGCUGUUUGCCUUGGAUACGACCUCUUCAAACGGGAAACGGGAAAAGGCGAUCUCAACUCCAAACCCCGCCUCCUCCAGGGUGGCAGAGACUCCGUCACUGGUUUCCGUUACCACUCAAACCCCGCCUCCCGCCUGGCAAAUCUGGGACCUUAUUGGCUCGAGCCUGCUUCACGUCCUCUGCCUAGUUCUGCUGUUCGUGGCCUAUAGUUGGAGCGAGCUAACGUAACCGUGACAACAGCCUCCUGGCGGUCACCCGCCCUCUUUCCGCCCCGGCUCCUUUGUUUUUGGUAUUUGAUGCAUUCAAUGCACAUGGGAAACAUAGUUACAAAUAUAUUAACGUUAUCUGGAAAUGUUCAUUAGUGCUGAUAUUUUUGUGAGCCGUUAGCAUUUUAGCAUUUCCUGUAAGUCCAGAUUGGAGCUUUAUACAGCUACCACACCCACAAUAGGUUUUCAGUAGCAAACAGGAUUCGUUAAACAGAGGGGGAUAAUGAAGCAGAAAUGACUGCACACCAGAUCAAUAUAAACACCGCAGUGGUUGAUUCAUUUAGCCGUUCUCCAAAUAAAAAGAAAUGGUCUUAUAAGGAGAUUUUUUGAAAGAUUUAGGUGACUAUGUCUUUGUUUACGUGAACAUUUAUAGUAAAGUAAGAGAUCCGUAUCUUCACCAAACCACAUUGUGUAUCUAUAAACAUCAGUAAACACUGGUUUCAUAAAAAUGAAAAAAGUUUAAUUGUCUGCAUUUACAGUUGUACAGAUAUUGAAAAAAAUACAGUUUAAAAAGUACAUCUGCACAGCCAACAUGGCCGCCAAACGGAAGCGCUAAAAGCCGCCGUGUCGAGGCAGACGCACUGAAAAGAGCUCCAUGACCACGCGUUUAACUUUGAAUACCGGAGGAUUCCUUGCACAUUUAAAAUGAGUAUUUCAUAGUUGUUCCCAUGUUUCAGAGUAGCUGGACAGUUUAAUAAGCACAUGAUCCCCGAAUGGUUCAGUGGCUCAUAACUAAAGAGAUGAGGGUUAAACGGAAGCCAUAUUAUUAAGAAUCAUUUAAAUCAGUUAGUUAAUUAACAGAUAUUAAUUGUUAUUUAAAUGAUAUUUCAGUGUGUUCUAAAAACGUAAGAUGUGAAUUUUAUUUUGAUCUAAUUAUUUAUAUUUGUCCUACUUUGUGAAUUUAUAACUCUGUCUCCUGAUAUGCAAUGAGACCGUUUGGAAUCAGUUGAAGGGCUUUAGACAUUAGAUGAGUACAUGAAGUAAGAUAUAUAUUGUUAUUAUUAUUAAGGAGUUUAUCGUGGGGGUUUGGUACGUGGUGGAGUAGAUUAUUACUGUUUGUAAUGUUUAGAGUUGCUCAGUGCAACUUAUUAGAAAGCAGCGUUUCAAAUUCAUAUUCUGUGAAUUAAUUAUGGAAGCUGCUGCUUUUGUUUUUUUACUUUGUGCUGAUGUGAAUGGAUGUCAUGUAUGAGGAGGAUUGUUUUCAUGCUUAUCUUUGGUGUUUGACUGUUAAACUGCGUUUAUUAUCUCCGUCUUUAAGGCGCCGUCUAUUGUUUAAGAUGGAGGCGGAGAGAAAGUCUGGCACACGCCUGUACCAUUUAAAAUAAGUUGCUAGUGGACUUUAAAGGUUCUGGUGGACAGAUGUAUUUAUUUGUUUACCUUCUGACCCGUUCCUGGUCUUUAUGCUAAGCUAACUGUCUGCUGGCUGUAGACUCAGUUUGCUUCACGUCAAACAAGACAAAUGAGCAUAAAAUAAAAUUACUUUUAACUCCAGGUUAUUUUAUAUGUGACGAUAUCACAUGUCCUAAAUAUGAAACAUUUAUAUGUCUGCUAUGAUGAACUGCUAUUUUUCCUGUAAAUAAACGAAAACCAUCAGUAAUCUAGUAAAUGAAUAUGUAAAAGUCGAGGACGCGCGGGACAAGCCGUGUUAGACUGUGGGCUGUGGCUAUCUCCUGGACGCAGUGCAUCCGUGUGCAGCCCGGCAUGUGCCAAACUCUGCAGAGUUUUGGUCUCUAAAUCCUUUGUGUCUCUUCUCUGCCUCCACAUCUGCUCCUCCGCGUCCCUCUGACUCUGCUCUCGCAGGACAAACUGUGUCUUCCUCACCACAUCCUGGAGGAGAAGGGCCUGGUGAAGUUGUGCGUCACGGUGCAGGCGCUGGUGGAGGAGGCGUCGCCCAGAAACGCCCUCCUGACGUGAGCGGCGGACACGGGCGGAGCUUCCCCUGAACCGACACGUAAAACAAACGCACACCUGGAUCAAAACCGCGGCACGCCGCCGCGAUCGUUCUGCAUGCAUUCCCAGUGACGGAGUGAUUACGUUAGAUCCAAGGAUGCAAAAUGGUGUUCAGGGAACAAACGAUUUAUUUGCUGAUUUGUGGGAGGGAACUUGUGGGCGGAGUCAUAUUGCUUCCAUACAGGUGUCAUGUUCCAGCAUCUUAUGGUUCCAGGUGAUUCCUCACCUUUAAUGGGGUUUUUUUUUUAAGCGCGGGAGGUGUGAGUGAAAUGAACACAGAUUUCCUCCAUUUCUUGAAACACAAGAGAUGCAAAACGUCAACUGAAGGGCAUAAAUACAACUCUAGGAUUAAAAAGAAAGGAAGGAUCCUUUCGUUGGUUGUACCAAAAAAAAGACCUGUCAAAGUAUUAGGGCCACUUUGACAGGUCACCUGUUGCUUCUCCGGACGAGGUUACAAUAUUGGAGUAAAACAAAAGUAAGAAUAUUAGAAGAUGAAGUCACAUUCUACUACAUAAAACACUUUUUAAAAUUGUAUUUUAAAGAAGUGUGGUAUUAAAAAUGGCCUUUGAUGCUUCUGAAAAUAAGGCUUUUUUUCCAAAUCGGGAUAUUACUUUUUUCUUAAAAUGAUUCAUAUUUUAAGAAUAAAGCAGCAGUAUUACAACGUUUGGCGUAAAGUGUUUUGUUAUUUUGCAAUAAUUACUCAAAUUUACUAAUUUAUUUUUCAUAAAAAUGUGACAUAAUACACAUUUAUUUUUUGUUUUUCUCCACAACCGUGGUCCUAAAACUCUGUUGUACAAAAAUAGUUGCAGAGACAUUCAAUUAUUUAAAUAAGAAAUAAGACCAUAAGCCCAUCAAGUGCCCCAAACCGUGAAGAAGUCUCACCGACUUAGUGAGUAAAACCAAAAGGUUAGUUUUAACAUAGAGGAUGAGGCAAGUUUUAACCACAAUUUGUAUUUAAACAUAAAGAUAUUUAUAAUAUAAAGAUAAGCCAUUUGAGCCGUUGUACACUUUCGAAAAGAUAUGCCAAAAAAUAUUUUUCUCUAAUAUAUUUUAGCUAUAAUUUAGACAGUUUUCUAGAAGUUUUGCUGACUUUCUGUGGAGGUCUGUGUCCUUGAACCACGUCUGUUUAUCAAGCAUCUCGGAUUGACUCUCACAGGUAUCCGUCUUUUAGUUUUUUUCCUCACCUUGAAUCUUUUCCUACGUGUAGUCAGUCCGUGCUCACUCAAGGCGUCUGCAGGACUUUUUCAGUGAUUUCAACCGCUGAUUUGAGCAAUUAAUGUUUUAUUUUUUAGAUUGAUUUCUCUUAAUGCGACACACAAAGUAAAAAGAAAACCACGUCUGCAUCUUCAAGCUGAAACCGUCGGAGCAUCUUGAGUUCACGUGUAGAUGUCCAUCAGCUUCCACACAGAGACACGCCUGGCAAAUGUCAGAGUUCUGUUUUAGAUGAUUAUAUGUUCACGAUGGCAUUUAUCACAAAAUCUAAAUCUGAUAUCAUGGCUCCCACUGCGUGCGUGGGUGAGGUCAGAGGUCAUGUGACUGAGUGCUUCUGUGUGUACAAAGGAGGGGCUAGUUGGCCCGAAUCAUGUGGUUAUGAAGAUCACUAGGUUUUAUUUUGAAGGGGCAGUAAGUUUGUGUUAAACGAACUGGAUUGAUCUUCCUAACAACUGCAGCAGCUGAUUAUGUUUCAUAUAAUAUUAUAAUAAUCUCCAGAGAUGGUUCCGUCUUUCCUUAAUCUGAAUUAAUUCAUUCCGGGAAUCUGAUCGACCGCUUUUCCCAGUUUAAUAUAAAAUAUUUCCUCUUUCUGGAUGAAGCCGUAGCCGCUGGAUAAUUAUAAUAAACAUCACCGGCAGAGUUAGUAUUUUCUUUAAAUGAUAAUAGAAUUAUUUUGAUAGAAUAUGAUUAUUGACUUCUCAAAUACUAAAGUAUCAAAACGCUUGAUUUUUAAUCUUCUUACAAAAAGUGUUGUUGAAGGAAAGAAGACGUCUAUGUGAUGACUAGAUUAUAUUAAGACAUGAAUCAUGUCGGUAACUUUGAGUUGUUCUGGAUCCACGUUCUGCCCCUUUUAAAACCUCCUGGCAGGUCUGAGAUCAGAUUGCGUGUCUCCUGAACGCCAUAAGGAAACCACAAGUGUCUCGACACUCUUGGACCAGCAGGCUCAUAUGGAUGAGUGAUUAGGUUUCUUUUCUGUACAUAAGAUGCAACUUGUCACCAAAAGCUACAUCAAGAUUCAGCAGUAAGAAAUGCUAAAAUGAAUGUUUCCACUGGAUCGAUUUGACAGUUGCCAAAACAAACAUCUACUUAAACUAAAUGUACUGUAGCCUGUGUACAUAUUAUUUAUCACAAGGAUUUCCUGCUCUUGAAUUAAUGUUUGAAAAAAUAGUGAUUAAUGUCUUUCCUUGUGUGCUGUAUAUUUCUGAAAACACUCAUCUGAUUAUUCCACAAUAACACGUAUAAGAUACAAGAUAAAUAAAUGUUCACAUCUUUCGACACUAUGGUCAGCGUGGUGAAGUAAUGGAACUGCUUUAUAUUCAUUAUAUCAGCUUGUGUUAUCUGACAACAGUAUUUUAGAAGUAGAGCAACCAACUUUUUUCCAUAUGUCUUGCGUACACGGAUGGAUAUUAUGGAUACUUUUGAUUUAAUUGGAAACACCUGCUAAAAACAGUCAAAUAAUUCAGCAUUAUAAGAAUAUGGGUGGUUUUAGCAAAGUUAUUUCAAUGUACUUGUUCUAAAUGAACAUUACUUCUUAUAAUCAUAUUUCAUAUCCAGUUUUGUACUCGUUGCAUCACAUUCAUUUUGGGGGGAAAAAAAGCAAUAAAACCAAACCGGCUGCUUCCCAGACAGAAUCUGCACUUUAAACUUCUAUAUUUAUAUCUUUGUUUUGGCAACUGAGAAUCUUAAAUCACCUUUUUAAUCUGAAACGAGAGAACCGAGUUAAGAAAUGUGACGCUGAUGUACAUUGUGUAAAUGUGGUGAAUCAGACCUGCUGAAGCAGUGUUGCUUUUAAUGUCUUAUUUUGUAUAUAAACAUUGUCCAGAAAUGGCCCGUGAUCACAUUUUUGUACUUUUUCUGACUGGGAGGAAAUUUAUUUUUUAUGUGACUUUGAUGUAACUCUGACCCUUUUGUGUACAUUGAAAUGCAUGAAAUGUCCCUUUAAUGUUGCCUUAAACUGCUGUGAAUACUGUAUAUAAUGCACUGUAUUUGUCAUCACUAUCAGUAAAGACCUCUGUCUAAAUAA